AUGAAGCUUUCUAAUCCGGACGCUGUGUCCGUGUACACAGUCUCCGGAGGGGCUGGCAAAACCCUACCAGACUGGCUGGCGAGGCGGAGGAAAAGAAAUUUGAAGGAUGACCUUGAAUACCAAAACAGAGUCGAACUUCUCCAGGACUUUGAAUUCGAGAGCGCAUCCAUGCGCAUUAGGAUUUCGGAGGAUGGCAACUGGGUCAUGUCCACCGGAACUUACAAGCCUCAAAUCCACGUCCAUAACCUCCCAGAAUUAUCCCUCUCCUUUGCGCGACAUACAACCUCCCUCAACCAAUCCUUCCAGAUCCUCUCCAACGACUACACAAAGUCUAUCCACCUUCAGAACGAUCGCAAAAUCGAGUUCCACACCCCCAUGGGAUGCCACUUCGAAACUAGGGUUCCGAGAUACGGUCGUGAUAUUUUAUACGAUAGACAUUCGACAGAAGCGCUUAUUCCGGCAGUUGGAUACGAUGCAGACGGCAACGGCGAGGUAUUCCGCAUGAACUUGGAGCAGGGGAGAUUCAUGAGGAGCUACCACGUCGAUCUCGGCGAGCCAGACGUUGGAGAGGGGCUACAAGGCGGCAUCAAUGCCGCAAGUGUGAAUGUUGGUGCGAUAGCAGAGACAACUCAUAACCUCCUUGCCUUCGGCACCUCGAUAGGGACGGUCGAGUUCUGGGACCCUCGAUCCAAGGCCAGGGUUGCGCGCCUCGCAGGCCACGAUGGCGGCGUGACAGCCUUGAAUUUUAACCCCAAUGGCCUGUCUUUGGCCACUGGCUCCUCCAACGGCAUAAUACAAAUUUUCGAUCUGCGACGACCGGUCCCGCUUCUCAGGAAGGACCAAGGAUACGGAUUUGCGGUGCACAAGCUUAUCCACAUGACCACCGCCUCUCAAGAAAGGAAGAUUUUGUCUGCCGACAAGAAGAUUAUCAAGAUUUGGGACGAAGCGACCGGAGAACCCUGGACGUCUGCUGAACCUACAGUCGACCUGAAUGACGUCGCUUGGUGCAAGGACAGCGGACUUAUCCUUACAGCGAAUGAGGGCUCCGCUCAGCACGCGUUCUUUAUACCCCAACUCGGCCCGGCACCUAAAUGGUGCUCAUUCUUGGACAACCUCGUUGAGGAGCUCGCCGAGGAAGCCCGCCCAGAGACGUACGAGAACUACAAGUUCUUGACGAUACCCGAACUCAAGUCGCUCAGCCUUGCCCAUCUUAUCGGAAAGACCAACCUUCUCCGACCAUACAUGCAUGGUUUCUUCGUUGCCUCGAAACUCUACGACCAGGCGCGACUUAUUGCCAACCCUUACGUCUGGGAAGAGGAACGUGCUAAGAGAGUCAAGGAUAAGAUUGAGAAGGAGCGUGAAUCGAGGAUACGUGGGAAGAAGAAGGUCAAGGUCAACCAGAAACUCGUUGAUAGGCUGCUCAAGAAGCAAGAGAAUAGGGAGACGGUGGAUGUCACUGCUGGUAUCCUUGGCGAGGACCGUUUCGGAAAGAUGUUCGAAGAUGAGGAGUUUAAGGUGGACGAGACUAGCUGGGAAUACCGGCUGAUUAACCCCAGUGCCGCCGCUGCGACUUCCCUGGCCGCUUCUAGCGCGAAUAACGGAGCGGGUUCGAAGCGGUCUGGAAAGCGGGAUUCAGAUGACGAGAGUUCCGAUGAAGAGGUGCCUAUAAAACGACGGGAAAAGGCCUCGACGAAGACGAAGGCAAAGGACGAAGUUGUGAUGAAGGUAUCAUCUUCUCAGAGGCGAGGCAGUGCGCGGGAUUCCGCCUUAGGCUCGCGAAUUAGCCAGUCGGGCAGGGUCACGAAACCACGCGCCGAGAACGUCGUCGGCGAGCAAUCGAUGAGUUUCGUACCAGAAUCCAAGAAGGCGAAGAAGCAGGAGCAGCAACAGCUGCUCCCGACGAGGACAAAGCGGUCGGAUGCUCGGCGAAGCGCGAGCGGGAAUACAUUUAGACGUAUGUAA